AUGACGUUGCUACGGUUCCGUUCAGGCCAGUCCCGAUCAACAGCCCGUGGACAUGGCUCCCACAAAUCGUUCAAACGGUUUUCGUUUUUGCUGUCUGCCGUCAGUCGUUUACUUCGUCUCUUCUUCAAGUUCUUCUUCGUCGUUCAUCCGCUCUUCUCGAUUCUGUACUUUCUGCAUCGGUCGCCGUCCUUUAGCCGCGAGCACCUGGCGAGCGUCGACGCGUUUCUCGGUUGUUCUCCCUCUGAACUUCUCCACUUUCUCUCUUCCUCUCUCUUCAUCCUCUCCAACAAUGCAGUCUCCUCUUUCUUCUCGCUCUCCCUCGACUUUGGGAGGUGUCUGGUUGCCGCCCUCCGGCUCCUGCUCGUGUGGGCGAACUUUCUCUGGCCCUACUGUCGCCCAGUCCUCCUCCAUUUGUGGGAGCUGUAUCUCGAUCUCCCGCGCAUGCAGCAACUCGGCCUGGCCGGUAUCUUCGCCUCGCUGCUUCUCCUUCUCUUCCUUCACUUAAACGGAACGUUAUCCCGCGGAGCCGCCGUGCUCCGCCGGACCGGCCGCCGCAUCAGCUGUACGUACACCCGAGUGACGGCGCUCGUGGCGGCGUCCGCCCCGUUCGUUCUCGCGUGCUUGUUCUACUUAGGUUUUCUCCUCCUGCUCGGGUCGCGCGGCCGCGAACAACUGCAGACUCUUCAGCAGCUGCUGUGGUUGCCAUUGGCCGUCGGCGGCACGGUCUCCUGUUUCUGGCGGUUCGUCGACUUGCCUCGCCUCCACCCAAUUCUUCUCUUCUGCAGACCCCAGUCGCCGGUGUCUAGACACCUCGCGACGGCGGACCCAGAGACCCGCGACCGCUCUCCGCUCGCUGUCUCUUCCUCUGCAGGCGCUGCGGCGCCGCAACGCGCAGAGGGCUCGCAGCUGCGCGCCGGUGAACGUGCACUGCAGCAGGCGGAGAAGGCGAGUCUUCAGCGGGGAAAUCCAAAGGCUCCCGCUGUCCAGACAGCUGUCGUCGCUCGGGAGAACUCCUGGGCGCCGUUCCAGCGCUGGACUUCGUGGGGAUGGCCCGGCAGCAGUGAGUUGCCUCCGGUGGACCAAACUGCAUGCACGCCAGAGUUGCCUGAGGAGACUGAGGAACGCGAGAGGGUUGUCGCCAGUGCAGAGAUCGCGAGGCCGACUUUCUCGAGCCUGGCAGACGCGAAGGUGCAUGCAGAGGAGACGCGAAAUGCUUGGAUGAGGAUCACUUUCUGGCUGGAGGUCUGGGUCUUCAUGACCACUUGCAACUUCGUCGCCUGGUUGCCUCUGGUGAGGCGUUUGCCGUUUGUCGACACUCUGGCGCACCACGUUCUGUCGCUGUUCUUCAUUUUGACGGUGAUUUCUGGGGGGCCGACACAGGCGACGAUCCACCGGGCUUCGUUCCGUGUGAUUCGGAGUAUCGCUGGGUUUCUCUCUGCUCUGUCUUCUCGUCUGUUCGGCGUCGCUCUCGUUCUCCCUUCCCAAGGAGACAUGCGAGGCGGGGCCGGGAUCUUCUACUUUCCUGAGGCGAGUGCCGUUCGCGUGCCUCCGCGCUCUGCCUCGCCUCGGAACUCUGUGCGCCGCAGUCUGCGGCAGGUCUUCUCGCUCUUCGUUCCGUUCGUCUCGGCGUCGAGCCUUUCUCUCGAGCACCCGGAGACGCUCGGCCCUUCAUCCUCUUCUUCUGUAGAGGCCGCCGUCUCUCCUCUCGUCUCGUCGACGAAGAGUUAUGCGGCGAACGCACUGUGUCGCGCGCUGGGCUUCAGCUCGGAGUCCUGGCUGUCCGGUCUCCUUUCGCUGGUGCUGCACCUGCCCCAGGUGCUCCUCGUCUUCCUCCCGGAGUUCGCGCUAACGCCCACGCUCGCGUACCUCCGAGCCGGCCGGCCGCUGUUCGGAGCUGUCGUUUCACUGAGUGCACCGGGACCCGCGGCGUUGCCGGAGCGACUGUACUGGUUGCUCUACUUCCUCGCGUCCUCAGCGGUCUCUGCGCUCCACGUCCUGCUAUGCGAACACAAUCUGCUGCGGUACAUGCCCUUUCAAUCGUGUUCGCUUCUCCUCGCGGUCGUCGCCAUGCAAGCCGCCGUCAAGUUCCUCGCCAAGGGCGCCGAAGUUCGGAUCCCCGAGAAGACCAGCGAUGCGCAAGACCCGCAGGCUUCUCCGCCCACGCACUCGCCGCGCGUGUCUUCGCUCGCGCUGCAGACAGCAGCCAGGCACUCAGGCCGCGAGGGAAACGCCGACCGGCUGAACGCAACGGAGGACCGGGGGCGGCGUUGGACGACAGCGCUGUUGGCGCUCUUCGCCUCCUUCAGACGCAGCUGCCCGACAGGCGCCGAGGAAGACGACUCGGAAGCGUCAGGCGCAGGCGAGAGCAUGAAAAACGAGCCGAAUACCCCAGACGCGAGGUCGAGACACCAGAGUCCAGAGGCUCGGCCGAGCCGCUGCGAGAGUGUCGCGCUGUCUUCGGAAGCGAGAGCAAACAACUGCAACGGAGGAGACAGGGAGAGGUCUUUGUCUCGGACUGCGCGACGCGCGGCAUCUCCCGCUUCUGCGGCGCACCCAGCUGGGCGCAUCUUGGCAUCUGGCGAAGACCGAGAAGACGAGAAGUCGCCGGAGAAGGAGAGAGGCGGCGAACCGAGUUCCGCGAGCGAGAGAGCAGCGUCUCAAGCUACGAGUGAACAAAGAGUGUCUGCGGCGGCGCCGGCAAAGCGGUGGGCUGACGAAGAGAUCAGCGGGGACGAAGACGACGGCUUGGGUGUACAGACGGAGGAGAGAAGUCGAGAGAGCGAGGCAGGGAGGAACUCCAGAAGACUCGCGGGAGUUCCGAGACAGCCUGAACGUUGGGGUGUGAAGGCUGUGUGGCGGCCGCGGUCGGGAGAAGUGAAUCGUUGUUCAGGCGAGAAAAGUUGCAGUCGAAUCGGCCGAACCGAUGCUCCUUCUGUCGAGAAGAAGGGCGCUGUGAAGCCUCAAGUGGAGGAGCGCCGGGGAUUCGCCAAGCGGGGAGGAAAGACAGUUGACGGAAGGGAAAGGAAAGGUGCGACAAAGGGAUGCAAGCAAAGCGAAGCGGUCGAGGAGACACCCAGUGCUCCCGAAAGGAGACAGGGGGACAGACGACAGGGCCCCGCGAAGCCGAAAGGAAGGCCGAGCGACAACACCCAAGUGGGACUGCGCGAGGACGCUCUGCAGGAGUGGAACCUCGUCGACGAUGAUUUGAGCGACGAGUGA